AUGGUUAAAACCAAAGUUAGAUCUCGAGUUCGACAAUAUCUUAACCCCACUGCUACUCCAUUAACUCCUGAAGCAAUCAAAAAAAUAAGGAAUGCUCAUGCAAAACAGAUACCAAAUAGAAAAUGCAUUAUAUGUGAUAAUUAUAAAAUUGGUAGUGAAAGAUAUGAUGAUAUUGUAAAUGGCCGGAUAUAUCCUCAACCACCUGAAAUAGAAAUAACAUCUAUAAAUUCAUCUAUCUCAAUACCUCAACCAGAAAUCUUGCUCAUACAUAGCUUAUCAA